AUGGCAUCGCUCCGGUCGUGCGCCGCUCCCAUGCGAUGGGCACUGUCGGCCACCCGGAGCUCGUCCCACGGUGCCGUGCGAUACAGCUCCUCCCACAAAAGCUCGACUUCCGCCAUUGCAUACAAGGCUCUUCGGAACCGCUCGGCCCCCUUGCCCGUGUCCAACCAGCCGCCCUCGUGGUCCGCCCAGGCCGCCGUGUCCAACAUUCUCUACGAGACACCCACUCCGUCCAUGGCCCCCCCGAAGCGCCACAUCCUCAAUUGCCUGGUCCAGAACGAGCCUGGCGUCUUGAGCCGACUUUCUGGUAUCCUGGCUGCUCGUGGCUUCAACAUUGACUCGCUCGUCGUGUGCAACACCGAGGUGCAGGAUCUGUCCCGCAUGACGAUUGUCUUGACUGGUCAGGAUGGCGUUGUCGAGCAGGCACGUCGCCAAUUGGAAGAUCUCGUCCCCGUCUGGGCUGUGCUGGAUUACAGCAACGCUGCCCUGGUUCAGAGAGAGCUCCUCCUUGCCAAGAUCAACAUCCUCGGUCCUGAGUACUUUGAGGAGCUGCUCGCUCAUCACCGCGAGAUCACCGCUGGUGAAUAUGAGGGGGAGCAAGCUCCUGAAGGCGCUGAACAAGCCCAAUCCUUGGAAGAAACCUCUGCCGAUUUUCAUCCUAGCAAGCUUGCCGCUAGUGAGGCCCUACGCCACAAACACGAGCACUUGAAAACCAUUACCUAUUUUACACAUCAAUUUGGAGGCAAAGUGUUGGAUAUCAGCACCAUCAGCUGUAUCGUCGAACUUUCUGCCAAGUCCUCUCGUAUCGACUCGUACCUCAAACUCGUUGCUCCCUUUGGCAUCCUCGAGUCAGCUCGUACUGGUUUGAUGGCUCUGCCUCGCUCACCUCUCCGAGCCCCUACUGAAGAGCCACUUCUCAAGGAUGCCGAAGAAGUCGUUGAUGCCAGCCAGCUGCCUCCUGGUUAA